CCCCGGGAGCGCCCGGCCCCGGCUCCGGGCCCGGCCCCGGCUCCGGCCCCGCGGGCCCCGAAGACUCGUCCGACAGCGAGCCCGAGCCCGAGCCGGGCUCCCCGCAGAAGCUGCUGCGCAAGGUGUCCACGUCCGGCCAGAUCCGGCACAAGACAAUCAUAAGAGAGGGGAUGCUGAUGAAGCAGACAAGCUCUUUCCAACGCUGGAAGAGAAGGUACUUCAAACUUCGAGGACGGACCCUGUACUACGCAAAAACUGCCAAGUCAAUCAUUUUUGAUGAAGUGGAUCUAACUGACGCGAGCGUGGCUGAAUCUAGUACCAAAAAUGUUAACAACAGUUUCACGGUGAUCACUCCAUGCCGGAAGCUCAUCUUGUGUGCAGACAACAGGAAAGAGAUGGAAGAUUGGAUCGCAGCCCUGAAGACCGUGCAGAACCGAGAGCACUUUGAGUCCACCCAGUAUAGUAUGGACCAUUUCUCGGGCAUGCACAACUGGUACGCCUGCUCCCACGCGAGGCCCACGUAUUGCAAUGUGUGCCGCGAGGCGCUGUCUGGAGUCACAUCCCACGGGCUGUCCUGCGAAGUGUGCAAGUUCAAAGCCCACAAGCGCUGCGCUGUGCGGGCAACCAACAACUGCAAGUGGACGACGCUGGCUUCCAUAGGGAAGGACAUCCGAGAGGACGAAGAUGGGAUCUCGAUGCCCCAUCAGUGGCUGGAAGGAAACCUCCCUGUGAGCGCCAAGUGCACUGUGUGUGAGAAGACGUGUGGAAGUGUCCUUCGGCUGCAGGACUGGCGCUGCCUGUGGUGCAAGGCCAUGGUCCAUACGUCGUGCAAAGAUUCGUUACUGGCCAAGUGCCCCCUGGGUCUGUGUAAAGUGUCUGUCAUUCCCCCGACCGCCCUGAACAGCAUUGAUUCUGAUGGGUUCUGGAAAGCCUCGUGUCCCCCAUCUUGUACCAGCCCAUUGCUGGUCUUUGUCAAUUCCAAAAGCGGAGACAACCAGGGAGUGAAGUUUCUGAGAAGAUUCAAACAGCUGCUGAACCCAGCCCAGGUCUUUGACCUCAUGAAUGGAGGACCCCACCUUGGUUUGCGUUUAUUCCAGAAGUUUGACACUUUCCGGAUCCUGGUGUGUGGUGGGGAUGGGAGUGUUGGAUGGGUCCUCUCUGAGAUCGACAGCCUCAGCCUUCACAAACAGUGUCAGCUGGGAGUGCUGCCCCUCGGGACAGGAAACGACCUGGCUCGCGUGUUGGGCUGGGGCUCAGCCUGCGACGACGACACUCAGCUCCCCCAGAUCUUGGAGAAGCUGGAGAGAGCCAGCACCAAGAUGCUGGACCGGUGGAGCAUCAUGGUGUAUGAAACCAAACUCCCUCGACAGGCAUCAUCUUCCACGGUGACAGAAGACUUCAGUGAGGACUCGGAGGUCCAGCAGAUUCUCAUCUAUGAAGACUCGGUGGCUGCCCACUUGUCCAAAAUCUUGACCUCGGAUCAGCAUUCUGUGGUCAUCUCCUCCGCCAAGGUGCUUUGUGAAACAGUGAAGGACUUUGUGGCACGAGUCGGGAAAGCAUAUGAGAAAACAACAGAGAGCUCCGAAGAAUCCGAAGUCAUGGCCAGGAAGUGCUCUGUGCUCAAAGAGAAGCUGGACUCUCUCCUGAAGACGCUGAAUGAGGAGUCUCAAGCUUCCUCCUCCCUGCCCAUCCCUCCUCCCACCAUUGCAGAAGAGACGGAAGAUGGUGACGGCUCCGGCGGAGUGUGCACCUCCUCCACCGACCGCUCCAUCGCCUCGGCCUGCCCGGCGCGGCCUCAGAUCUUCCGGCCUCGGGAGCAGCUCAUGCUAAGAGCCAACAGCCUGAAGAAGGCGAUCCGUCAGAUCAUAGAACAUGCAGAGAAAGCUGUUGACGAGCAGAAUGCCCAGACGCAGGAGCAGGAAGGCUUCAUCCUGGGGCUCUCUGCCACUGAGGAGGGCAAAGAGCCCAAGGCCACGGACAAGCCUUCCCUGCAGUCAUCUCACGGAGGGAAUGGCGGCGUGUCGAGAGGGAGGAGCCACCGCAAAGUGUCCAAAUCCCCUUGUGAAAAGCUAAUAAACAAAGGAAGUUUGUCGCUGGGUAGCUCAGCAUCGCUUCCUCCCCAGACGGGAAACCGCGACGGCUUGCCAAUGCUGAACACAAAGAUCCUGUACCCAAAUACUGGUUCCUUGCCAGGGGGUUCAGUCAUCAGUCGUUUGCUCAUCAAUGCAGAUCCCUUUAACACGGAACCAGAAAACUUAGAGUGCUACACGGAGAAGUGUGUCAUGAAUAACUAUUUUGGAAUCGGGCUUGAUGCGAAGAUCUCCCUGGAUUUCAAUAACAAGCGUGAUGAGCACCCAGAGAAAUGCAGGAGCCGGACCAAGAACAUGAUGUGGUACGGAGUCCUGGGCACGAAGGAACUGCUGCAUCGCACCUACAGGAACUUGGAGCAGAAGGUCUUGCUGGAGUGUGACGGGCGCCCCAUCCCGCUGCCCAGCCUUCAGGGCAUCGCUGUUCUCAACAUUCCCAGCUAUGCCGGAGGCACCAACUUCUGGGGAGGCACCAAGGAAGAUGAUACAUUCACAGCCCCGUCCUUCGAUGACAAGGUCUUGGAAGUGGUGGCCGUCUUUGGCAGCAUGCAGAUGGCUGUCUCCCGGGUCAUUAAUCUGCAGCACCACCGGAUUGCCCAGUGUCGGACUGUGAAAAUCGCCAUCCUGGGUGACGAGGGCGUCCCCGUGCAGGUGGAUGGAGAGGCCUGGAUCCAGCCCCCCGGCUACAUCCAAAUAGUCCACAAGAACCGGGCGCAGACUCUGACGAGGGAUCGGGCCUUCGAAAGCACUCUGAAGUCUUGGGAAGAUAAGCAGAAAGGUGAGCUCUCGCGCCCGCCUUCCUUCUCCCUGCACCCAGAGAUCAUGUCUGAAGAGGAGUCCAGCCAGAUGCACCAGUUUGGCCAGGCAGCGGGGGCUCUCAUCCACAGCAUCCGGGAAAUAGCUCAGUCUUGUCAGGACAUGGAGCCGGAGCUGGCCCACGCCGUCAAUGCCAGCUCUAAAUCAAUUGAUAGAGUCUAUGGGAAAUCCAAGGCUGCCGAGGGUCUGAACUGCACUUUUGUCCUGGAGAUGGUGAAUAACAUUCGCGCUCUCCACAGUGAGACGGAGCUGCUGCUCACUGGGAAGAUGGCCUUGCAGCUUGAGCCGCCCCACAAGGAGCAGCUCCGGACAGCCCUGGCUGACAUGGACCUUCAGCUGAGAAAGCUGGUGGACAUCCCCUGGCUGUGGCAGCUCAUGGAGCCCAGUGACGACGAGAAUCCCGCAACGCUGGACUUCUCCAAACGUGGCCGCAGCGGCAAGUUCCGCCUCGUGACCAAAUUCAAAAAGGAGAAGAGCAGCAAGAACAAAGAAAUCCGCAGCGGCGGCAGCGGCACCAGCCUCCCGGUUCACCUCUGGGGCACGGAGGAGGUUGCGGCCUGGCUUGAGCACCUCAGUCUUUGUGAGUAUAGAGAUAUCUUCAUCCGCCACGACAUCCGGGGCCCCGAGCUCCUGCAGCUCGAGCGGAGGGACCUCAAGGACCUCGGGGUGACCAAGGUGGGCCACAUGAAGAGGAUCCUCCACGGAAUCCGGGAGCUGAACCGGAGCCCCCCUGCCAGCGAGGCCUAGCGGGCGUCUUCACGGCCUGCGCCUGCUCCUCCUCCCCCAACUGAAGCAUCAGCCGCGGGGGCUGCCCCCCCCCCGCCUGCCUCCCCGGACUUCUCUCAUGGUGCUACAGCUCGUCCGGAGAACCCCGCCCCCAAUGGGGGGCACUCCUGAGUGCUCCCUCCAGUCCCCGGGCAAGUCUUAACCACCACAACACAGCUACCUUCCAAGCCAAGGCCCGGCAUCCUCAUAGCUCCUGGAGCCUCCACCCCAGGCCGAGCUCGCAGCUUCCAGGGACGCUGGGGCUGGGUCUUGUCCCAUGUGCUCCGGGGUCAGCAAAUGGCAGCUGGAGCAACCCUCGGCUCCAAGCAGGAAAGCAGCAACCUCGCACCCUGGCCUUGGCCCGCGGAUGGAGCGAGCCUUUGUGCUUGUUCUUGACUCCUCCGGAGGCGUCCGGUGUGACUGGUCCCCUUUGACAGGUCAUGCAUGUGAGGCCGACUCUCAGAAACCAUUCUCACUCCUCCUCCCCCCACCAGCUUGCCGGUGCAGACCACCCUCGAGGACUUGCAGUGCUCUCUUGUGGGCUGAAAGUGCUGGGGUCUUUCUUGUCUCAGUCACCAUUUACUGAGCAUAGAAAUGCUUUUUUCCAGUGACACCCAAAGAGGCUGUUUUUCCUGGGGGUAGGAAGAGAAGCAUGUGCCUCGCCCCCUGUUCCAUCCACCCCAUCACUGUGGCUCCUUUGUCUCCUUCAUCUUUCACGAGAUCGCACUCUUAGGAGGGUCACAGAUCCACAAAUUCUAUCCCACCAAUAUUUAUUUAGCGGCUUUACCGGAUGCAAGGGGUGUUGUGCUCGGUGCUGGGCAUCCGAAGAUGGUCCCCGUCCUCGCGGAGCCAACGAGGCAGAUGGGAGCAGAGUCCAGCCACGUCUGGCGCCAAAGGGCUAGACGGGAGAGCGUGUCUGCGCUCUCCUUGUGGCUAGCAAAGCUGCUCUGGGAACUUCCCAGGUUACUUGAUUGUCACAGAUCAGUAAUGGAGCCUGUGCAGUAAUUGCUGUUGAGAAAAUGAAUGAGCAGAAGCGACCGAAAGCCCCGGCAGGUGAGGAGGAAUGAGCUGCGUGUUGGGUAGCUGGGCCUCAGAUCCUGUGGUUCUAGGAUAGUUGGUAGCACAUAACGGAGCCCAGAGGCCCCGAGAUCAGCCGGCAUUUGGGAGGCCUUCCAGGGCACCCUGCACCCCUUCUCAGAAGCCUGGUCUAAAUACAAGCGGAGGAUUUCAAAGGAAACCAGUUACACUGAAAGUCACUGAAAUACCUGUGUUCACAGACCACAGGUUAAAGCCCCCAUAUUUUACAGAGCAGGAAACCAAGGCUGCCCAGAGACCCUUCAUCAACAUCCCGCUCUGGGUUCACGGGUGGGCUUGGGACCCUACAACUAGCCCAUAUAAUAGAAGGAGGGCCCACCCGCCCUGCCACCCCAGGGCUUGCCAGGGUCCCCUUCUUCACACACUCUCCUGUGGCGUUCAGCUUAUUCUGUGCCAUGUCCUUCUGUCGAAUAACAGCCUUGGCCCACAGGGAGCAACGGUUGCAACUCUUUCCCCCAAGCCUUGAGUGGGGAGGGGGCUCUGUAUACCAGUGGCCUUUGAGCAGGUCCUAAAGGGCUGAUAUCUUUGGAUUAGAAUCCUGUGCUAGUGGGGCAGCUAGGUGGCGCAGUGGAUAAAGCACCGGCCCUGAAUUCAGGAGUUCCUGAGUUCAAAUCCGGCCUCAGACACUUGACACUUACUAGCUGUGUGACCCUGGGCAAGUCACUUAACCCCCAUUGCCCCGCAAAAAAAAAAAAAAAAAAAAAAGGAAUCCUGUGCUAGGUAUUCCUAAGUGUGCACACAGACACACAGACACACACACACACCACCAAAAAGCGUGACCAACUUGGCCAACAGGAUGGGCAGCAGCAGGCCCCCAGCCUCAUGAGCCACGCUGUCUGCCAGCUUUUCCUCUUGGGCCCAGAUCUCAGUCCUUUGCUGGGCCUCAGACCUUCCAUCCCAAAGCCACAAUUUAUCAGACCCACGGCACCUAAAAUUAGGCCAAAUGACAAGCAUCCAAGUUUUGGGAAACGUCAGACUUCCUGCGGGAGUGUCUGAUACCUUGUAGGGAUUCCAGCGUAGCCCCAGACACGCUGCUCCCCCCACUAGGGAGGUUGGGGAUGGUCCCUCUUUGCUUCUGUGUGUUCAGCACAGGUGCCCCAACCACUGGGCUUUCCUAUGGUGGUCACCUCUGGUAAAGGAGUCGGCAGGGCCGGGGUAUACUUGCCCAGCCUGCCUACCAGGGUGAUCUGAAGGAAGGUCUUUAAAUGUGAAUUCUUCUCUCUUGGUACUGAAAGCAGAGUUGAAUUGAUUCAAGUUCCACUUAGAGAAAUUUUUUCUAGAAAAUCUGCCGUGGCUAAAUGAAGGUAGAACUUGGAAGGCCAAAGCAGAAGAGGCCGUGGGGCUCUGGAGUGUUCUGUGUACCCAGAAGCCGGGCAGGCUGCUUGGGCCUCAGCUCCCUCUCCUGGACAAUGAGAGUCAGGCUCCAGGCCUUCUAAGGUCUUUGAUGGCUCUUAACCCUGUGACCCCUUGACAGGGAGACAUGUCCGCAUGUUGAGGAUUUCUAAGCAAGCAGAGCUCUUGUUCCCCUUCCCGUGCCCAAAGCAGCAUUUGUCUGGGGCACGGUCACGGCCUCCGUCUCUCCAACCAGCCAUCCUCCUGCCGUUUGGUUUGUGGAAAGGGUGUGAUGGGAGGAGGCGGCCGAAGCAGAGACAGGCCCUUUCUUGGCCAGCAGGCGGGCGUGCCCAUGACUGUCUGGUCCAUGGCUUGGCCAAGUCCCUUGGCUUUCUUCCCUUGUGCAGUCUCCAUAGUGGUCACUUCACACAUGGGCAUCUCCACUGAGAAAGAGACAAGUCAGUUUGACCACCCUUGUGGGAAGAGACAGGAAAUUUAAAAAUAAAAACAGAAACAAAGUGAGAUUUUCCCAUUCUGAGUCAAUCUCAGUUCCCUGCUUUCUCAGUAGAGAUGGACAUCUCAUUGCCCCUUAGCAUCACAUCAGUUAUGGAAGUGUCAGCUAUAAAGGUGCCCUUCAGGGCUGUCACUGGAGCCGUGUGUGGCUGGGCCUAGUUGGGGAGAUCGCCUACAGUGAGAAGGAGCUGGCAGGACACUGUCCAGGGCCCGUACAAUAUACAAGAGCCUGCCCUUGGUGGAUUAUUAGCAAAUGAUCUGUCAGGCCCUGCCACUUAGAGCCAAGCCCGGCACAUCCCCCUCUUCCAGAGCAGCCUCCACUCUCCCUCCUCCUGGGCCUCUCGCUCACUGCCCUGUGUGCUUCUGUUCCUGCUGCCUCGGUUUACAUUGGUCUGCAGGCCACUAGACUACCUGGAGCCCCCUCUUGGAGAUGCUUGGGCAAGGCCCACAGACCUUUCUGUAAAGCCUGUAUUCCAGGCUUUGCAUCCAGACCCUUCCAGCAGCAGCUUUGAUCCAGCCCUCAUCUCUCCGUCAGACGUGAGGCUGGCCCCCACCCUCGUCUCCCUGCCCAUCCCUGUCCAAAACAAGGCACGCAUUAGUCAGACCUAAUUGUUCUCAGUAAUCUCACACUGGCAUGGCAGGCCUGUGUUCCUUUUCAUUACCGAUGCAUUUUAUUAUGACAUCCCAGUCACUUCUGAAUGUCCUCUGCAGCUGCUGCCCGGCACCCUUCUCUUACAACAGACAUUGACAGAAACCACGUAUGUGGCAUUCUGUGCCCAUGGUUCCCCACCUCUGCACUGGAGGGAGGGGCUGUGGCCAAGUUUAGCCAUUAGAGUCACAAAGCAGUUCACAUCAGCUGAAUCUGGGUGUGUUUGCUGUGUUCCCCGCUCUAGCCCACCUUGCUGAGGAAGGAGGGAGGGGUGCAUCCUCUUCUCUUCUGGGGGGGAUUCCCAUUCACAUUGUGGGUAUCUUUUUCUUGGGUCUGCUUCCCUCCCUCCCCAUCUUCUCUGAACUCAUCAUAUUCAUCGUCACUUUAUAGAGCGCCAAUGUCCCAUGAUGUGCCACAGUGUGCUGAGCCUUUCUCCCCACUGCUGAUGGGCACCUCCCACCAGAAAAAAGGCCAGCCCUGGCUCUUUGGGGUGCCUGAGCCCCCCUUCUGACUCUCCCUCAUCCCCUUGUCCUGAGGGUCCUGUUUGAGAUCAUGUCAGGGUGAGCCAUCUUUUUGCUUAUGCAGAUCCCAGCCACUCUGGGCAGCUCCAGCCUGUCCCGGGGCCUCUGACCCCUGUCUCUAUUUCUGAAGUUGAGCUUGCUUGCCGAGGAUAAUAGAAUCUCCUUUUUUCUUCCUUUUCUGCGCGUUUCCCCGUCCUCCCUAGUUUUCAAAUGCCCUGCAUCAAGAAGAUAGUAGUUUAGCAAUUCUGCUCUUUCAGGAUUUGGGGGUGUGGCUCCUGCUCGCUCUCCCAGGAGUGGAUU